CGGAGGGACUGGCGAUGAGAGAGGCAGCCCCUCUAUGCAGGGGCCCAUGAGUCACUUUAGGGGAAGUUUGGGUGCCUGGGACGAUGGCAAUGCCCAGCGUUAUAGGGCUCCGGGCACUCACCCCGAGCAGUGGACAGGGCAGGGUGGGUGGGUACCCGGUGAGAAGCUUAGCAGCUCCAUCCAGAUGCGAAUUGUCCCUCCCACACUUCCCGGGCUGCGGGGGCCUCCAUUAGAGCUCCGGAGGAGUCAGAAUCCACACCUCCGCAAAUGGGCCCGCUUUCCCAGGGCCCCCCUGCCCAGACCUUCCCUGGGCUCUGUGGGUUUUGACACCUCUCUGUAACCUGGCGGGGGGGCCACCUCGCACCUUUGGUCCAGAUAAAAGCCCAGGCCCGGAGGUGGCCGGUCCAGCAUCCCGGAGCCUGCGGCCCGGCCAUGGCCCAGUCCCCCGGUCUGAGCACCCUCGACCACUGGAUCUUACCCCAGGGCUGGGGCUGGGCCGGACACUCGGACUCCACGUCCCCGGGCUCGUCCUCGGACUCGUCGGGCUCGUGCCCCUGCGACGGCACCCGCGGCCCCUCGCAGGCCGCACCUCCGGUGCGCGGCGCUCCCGCGCCACAGGCCGCCCAGACGGCGCCGGGACGCUCGCGGUCGGGACCGGCCGUCGGGCAGCGGCAGAGCGCCAGCGAGCGCGAGAAGCUGCGCAUGCGCACGCUCGCCCGCGCCCUGCACGAGCUGCGCCGCUUCCUGCCGCCGUCCGUGGCGCCCGCCGGCCAGAGCCUGACCAAGAUCGAGACGCUGCGCCUGGCCAUCCGCUACAUCGGCCACCUGUCGGCCGUGCUGGGCCUCAGCGAGGAGAGCCUGCAGCGCCGGCGCCAGCGACGCGGCGACGCGGCGCUCCCCCGGGGCUGCCCGCUCUGCCCCGACGACGGCCCCGCGCAGGCGCCCGGGCCCGAUCUGGGCUCAUCCGCCCCCGUAGCCGGGUCCUGGGGGUCUCCGCCCCCCUAUCCCGGAGCCCCAGCGGUGCCCGAACGCUUGAGAAGCAGGGUCCCCGACCUGGGUCCCUGGGUCUCACCCCCUUACUGCCCCGGGAUGCAGUCGCUUCCUCAAGUGUCCCAAGGAAGUGCUCCCGACGCUGCCCUUUGGACGCCGACCCCAGCGCGUUCCGGAACGCAGACACCCCCAGAGCCUGCAGCCCAGGCCACGUCCUGGGCGCCGCCCCCUGCUGACCCGGAGCCUUCUGCAAUGUACCAGGGUAUCCCUGUGUCUCCGGAGCUCUGUCUGUUGCCGGAAACCCCGCCCCUCCUGCCGCGCCCAGCAUGCCAGAGACUCCAGCCUCAGGCCCAGUGGGGAUGCUGGAGCCACAGCGCAGAGGUGCUGCCCAGCUCGGAGGACCAGGGACCAGGCCCCGCCUUCCAGUUCAGCGAUGAAAGCCCUCUCCAGAGCUCAGGCCUGCAGCUCAGCGGCUGCCCUGAACUUUGGCAAGAAGAUUUGGAGGGGGGCCACCUGAGCAUCUUCUACCAAGGGCCUUGCCUGUCCCCUUCUCAGUGAGGAAUCGGGUCUGUGUGCGGGUGCCCUCCUCAUUUGCAACGUCAGUGGUUUUUGGGCUUCCCCGUAGCCAAGGGUCCCUUUCCCAAGUGGUGUCUUGCAUACAAGCAGUGUUCGAAAUAGGUGGCUGGAGGCCGCCCCGGCUGGAGUUGGGGCUGGGGGGCCCUGCGCUCCUGGACCCCCUCCAGAACAGCCAGUGCCCUGAAGAGCCAAGUUGGCAGCUGGGACUGAUGGGGGGAUGAGUCAGGGGAGUGGGGGAAGGACAGAAGUCUAUAUGCUUUGAUUUUUCUUCUUAAAAAAA